AUGAUUCGCCCAGCCCCAUACCAUCUUCUUGCCCUUGGCAUCCUUGGCGUAUCCUCUAUCUGGGGGUUCAUCGGGUACUGGGGCCACAUGUUUGAUAACUUCGAUACAAUCGUGGCCACAGGACACUUACCCGAUGGACGCGUCAUGCGAAUGAGCUACACGGGGAUUGACGCAUUGGAUCAUCAAAUGACGCCAGUGAUAGCAUUCUACGAAGUCCUCAGUAAUGCAUUUUCCCUAGGUCCCCGGAUUCUCUUCUUCAACAUCAACUUUGUUGUCGUCUGCACCAAUGUCUGGGUCAUGAUCGAGAGUCGCCGACAUGGUGUGCAGAGCAUAGUCCUGAAAUAUCCCUUCUUCUUUAUAAUCCUAUGGAACUUCAUUGGCGCUGCCCUGAUUCAACCUCAUUAUCUUUACCUCAUUGUCCAAAACAACCUUACACAGCGAGAUCCUACGAUCCCCCGACACGAAGCCAUCGCAAUCUUUCUCACGACCAUCUCCGCUAUCCUAUGUCCAUCUCUCCUCUUUGCCCCUGCCUGGCUGGGGACAAGCUCCUGGGCCCACCACGGGCUAAUUGCUCUUUUCCACGCCACUCCCAUCCUACUCGCCAUGAUCUUCUAUCUCAGCAUGCAGAUCCUAGGCUCUCCAGCAGGCCGACUCCUAACCAGAUCCCGAAUCGAAACCGACCCUAAGAUCCACCCCGACCAGCCCUGGCUAGUAGGAUCCUACAUCCUGGCAGGUGUGAUCUCAGGAACAGUACAUCUAUUCACCGUGAUCACGGCUCUAAAGACGCGUAACCCAGACGCAAGCCUUUCCCGACUCCUCAUUCCAACCUGGAAACGACUCGAGACAGCAAACACCUUACCAUUGUCAUGGACUGGACAGGGAGCAAAUACGUCCGUCGCGCUGAAUAUCUCCACCGCGGGAACAGGAGAUAAGACCGCCGAAGUCCUCGAGCAAUUCCACCUUUUUAGUCAGUUUGACUGGAUUGUGGUCUCGCUGGCUUGUGUCGUGUUCACUUAUCUCCUAUUGUCUCAAGCUAGGGAGCGCAAAUCAGCGAAAGGCAAUGCAGAUACUAUGCUUUCCAGAGUGUCGGAUGUGGAAAAGAGAGACUUGAGUCUUUUGCUUGUUGGGACGGUGUUGUUGGGCCCCGGGGCGGCUGGGUCGUUUGGGCUGGCGGCGCGGGAGGCAAAGUUGCGGCAACAGUGGAAUCGGGCUAGGAAGGUGAAGUAA